AUGGACAAUUUUGUGGAUAAUAAAGAAAAGAAGAAAAAUAAUAAACAUGAAUUGUGUUUGUUCUAUUCUACAAUUACAUCAUUCGAAACAUUAUUAUUUUCGAAGCGAAAUAUUCGAAUAUUAAUAAUAAUUGGUCAACGAAAUAUUAAUUCCUUUAGUGCAAUUUCGGAACUAAUUGAAUUGCAGGAACUAUGGAUAGCCGAAUGUGGUAUUCAGGAUGUCCCACCAUUUAAAGAAAAUUGUUUACUGAAAAAACUUUAUUUAUAUUCCAAUGAAAUAUCUUAUAUACCAAAUUUAGAAGCUUGUUGUCACUUAACUAUUUUAUAUCUAUCAGGAAAUAACAUACAUGAACUUGAGAAUUUGGAUACUUUAACAUGGUUACAAGAGCUCAAUUUGGCUAACAAUAAACUAGAAAGAAUAAAUAAAAUAUCAUGGAGAAAAUUGGAAUUAUGUAACUUAAACCUAGCAGGAAAUCCUUUAUGUUUUAUAAGGGACAUAAAAUAUCUAUCACAAUUGCAAAAAUUAAAUUCAUUAGUAUUUGCGGAUUCAUUAUAUGGAGAUUGUCCUUUGGUAACAUCCUGUAACUAUCGUAUAUAUGUUAUUCAUUAUCUUCCACAUAUUAAAAAAUUAGAUCAUUACAAAAUUUCAGAACUAAGUUUCAUUUUCAGGAAACAAAUAACAUACUACAAUGUAUUAUUUCAUAAGCAAAUAAACAUGCAUUUGACUUUACUGAAACAUAAAUAUAAGGAGUACAAAAAGGAAAUGCGUAACUUUAAAAAUCAGCUAUAUAUAAUUGAAAUGAAAAAGAAUGAUCAAAAUUGUUUAAAAAACAAAAUAUAUGAUGAAUCACAAAAUAUAUUGUUGCAAAUGAAAUUAAACAAAAAGUACCUCAAGGAAAUGGGAGAAAAGCUAGUCUUGCGAUCUAAAAUUCUACAACAACAGUUGUUAAUUAAUAUGAAUUAUUGUGGAAAUAUAAAUUUUGUGGAAUACAAUACUGCUUCAAAAAAUACAGUUAUUCAAUUAUGUAAACAAUUUUUACAAGCAUCAUUAUGUUCAGUCACAAAAGAAAGCCUAGGCAUAAUAGAUUUAAGAUUACAUAAAGUGACAAAAGUAAGCAAUAAAGAAAUAGAUCUGUUAAAUACUUGCACAAAUCAAAGUUUGCAAUCAGAUGAAUGCAAUAUGAUAUUAAAAAUUUUAGCUUUUCCUGGAGUGACAGAUAUUCAAAAGUGGCCUUUUAAUUUUUUUCAAUCUGACUUACUUAUUGAACAAGAAAUAACGGUAACUAAUUGUUUGGCAGCAGCAGACUGUGACUGGUUGAAUAAAGUAUUGUUAACAAAGAAAAAUAGAAAUAUAAGUACUUGCAAUAUUUGUGAAAAACGACGUGUUUGUGUACUUGUACAAACACCAAUUGUCAACUCUGUUGAAAAAAUAGAUAAUGCCCAUGACUUCCUACAUAUAAAAUAUACAAAUUAUGAAAACAACUCAAAUGAGAUUUGCCAGAUGUUUAAAUUGACAAAUAUGAGCAUAACAAAUCCUAUGUUUGUAAUAGAAUAUGAAUAUAUAUUACAUGAAGAAGGUGGAUAUAAAAAUAGAAUUGUUACAUACACAGUAGAUGAUUCCAUAUUUACAUGUUUAUCUAAUUCUAAUAUCAAGCAAUAUAUCAAUAAUGACGAAAAAAUAGAGAUGUACAAUCUUGUAAAAAUAUGUGUUUGUGGACAAAACAUAAAUUCAGUUAAUAUAAAUUUGGAUUUGCCUAACUUGAGAGAAUUUGAUAUUUCUUACAAUCAGCUAAAUGAAUUUCCAAAUUCAUGUAUUAUGAAAAAUGUACAAAUAUUAAAUAUAAGCUUCAAUAAUAUAAAAGUAUUACAUAUUAAAGAAUCCUUACCAGUACUACAAGAAUUAGAUAUAUCAUGGAACUCCUUAAUGUAUUGUUUCCAAUGUAUUAGUACUUUUAUAACUUAUGUACCUAAUAUGUAUAAGUUGAAGAUAUAUAAUAAUCCUUUCAAUGAUGUUACUGAUCCUGAAUUAGUAGAAUAUUUGGUACACAUAUAUUUACCAAAACUACAAUUUAUUAAUAAUUAUAAAUGUGAAAUUCUUAAUGUACCCCAGAAUUAUUUUCCAUGUGGAUUUAAUAUGUGUAAACUAAACAAUAAACGACGUAAUAAAUUUAUUUAUUUAAAACAAAGUAUACUGAAAAAUAUGGAACAGCCAAAAUUGCUAGAGGAGAAAAACAUAGAGCAAGCAAAAUACAUUCAUAUAUCUGAAGAUUUUCUUGCAGCAUCAAACAUUUUGGAAAGAGUAAAAAAUGUACAUGAGCUUUGUGCUACUUAUUGUUUAUUGUCUAUAAUUCUUCCUACAAGACCUUUAAAAUAUCUAAUCAAACUGAAUCUUGGAAGUAAUUUUAUUUCAGUCUUGAAUGAUUUCACUCAAGAGAAUUUCCCAUCAUUAAAAUAUCUAGAUUUUACUAAUAAUUUAAUAGCAAAUUUGGAACCUAUGGGAACAUUUCAUACAUUACAAGAAUUUUAUUGUGGAAAUAAUGUAAUAAAAAACAUUGUACAAAUAGACAAUGUUAAAACUUGGCAAGCAUUACAUGUUAUAGACUUUUGCAAUAAUCCAAUAAGUACAGAUGCAAUACAUAAAAAAUUUAUUAUAUUUCAUUUAAGUAAUAUUGAAUAUAUUUCUGGAGAAUAUGUAAAAAAUUCAGAUAUUUCUGAGGCAAGAUGUAUUUUUGGCAAUAAAUUUGAUAAAUAUGUAUUAAAUGCAUUAUAUGAGACAGAUCACUUAACAAAUAUUACACAACUGAGUCUAGUUAACUGUUCUUUAUCAAAGGUAGAUCUUUCUGCAGAACUUCUACCAUGGUUAGAAAGUUUAGAUUUAAGUAAAAAUCAAAUAACUUAUUUAUGGGGUCUUCAGUCUUUUAAGUAUUUACAUACAUUAUGUUUAAGUUAUAAUUGUCUUGAAACAUUUAAUGGAAGUGAUCAUAAAAAUAAUAAGUGUACAUUUCCAAAAUUGUACACUUUAUUUCUAGAUCAUAAUUGCAUUAAAUCAUUAAUGAAUAUUACUAAACAAAAAUUACCAGUCAUUAAAUAUCUAUUUUUAAAUAAUAAUUAUCUUCGGAAUAUUAAUGGAAUAAGGCACUGUUCCACAUUGAAAUCUCUUAUACUGGAUCAUAAUGAAAUUGAAUUACUAAAUGUAGAAGAUUUUAUUGAUAAUAAUAAUCUAGAGAUUUUAUCUCUUGAAAAUAAUAAAUUAAAAUCUUUAGAAUUUAUUCAAUCAUUACACAAAUUGAAGAGACUUUAUAUUGGUGAUAAUUGCUUAACAAAUGAAAUUGAAAUACAGUAUUUACCAUUAUUAAAAAAUUUAGAAGAAGUAAUAUUUGAAGGAAAUCCUAUAUAUAAUGAAAUAAAUAGGAAUAAAAUUAUUGCUCAUGAUUUUGAGGUUAAAGAAGCAAAUAUUGAAGAAAUAUAA